GAAAGCAAAGUCAUAAGUGUUACGCUGCGGCCGUACUAGUGAAUUUUAUUAGUUUUAUAAGUAUAUAGGGUGAAAUUAGUGAUAAUGGUGCCGCAAACGAAGGUGUUCGUCGGCAGCCUGCCUCAGGGCUCGAAGCCGGAGGAACUUCGCAAACUAUUUGAGCGUUUUGGUGUCGUAACAGAAUGCGACAUAAUGAAUCGGUGUGGAUUUGUACACAUGCAAACCGAAGAUCAAGCUUCUGCUGCCAUUCGCGCCUUAAACAACACACCAUUUAACGGUGGCGUCAUCUCAGUGGAACGCGGCCGCAUCAAGGAACGCGGCCAGCGAGGGGGCCCUGGAGGUGGCCGCGGUGGCGGUAUGAGGGGAGGUAUGCGCGGUGGCAUGGACCGGCGCGGAGGCGGUCCCAUGCGUGGCGGGCCGCCACCUCGCGACACUCCGUACUCUCGUGACAGGCCAUCACAUCCCCGCGGCCCUCCACCUGGCGGUCCCCCACAGAUGGCCCCGCGGCCAAUGCCGUACGAGCGCGCUGAGAGGCCGCCACCGCCAGUGUAUGAUGACCGCUACAAUGGAUACGGAGGAGAAGACAGGCGCGGCUUUGCGCUAAUGGAGCGUGGGGCACGAGACCCUUACGCGAGUGCGGCUCCCAUGUACCCAGAAGAGAGGCGGUACGACGAGAUGCCCCCGAUGUACGCUGACGACCGGCGUGCCCCGAUGUACCCCGAUGAGCGUGACAUGAUGGACCGGCGCGCGCCGAUGCGUGCAGCCCCACAGCAGCUGCCCUACGAGCGCGCGCUGCCCCCGAGGCCGCAGCCCAUGCCCAAUGGAGAGAUGUUCAGUCGCCGCUCCCCCAUGCGUGCAGCAGGUCCUGGAUAUGACAGAGACCCAUACGCCCAGCAGUACCCUCCCAUGGGACGCGGGGGCGGUGCGGCGCGCGGUAGAGAGCUGACAGGUCUGGGGGGCCCGCGCCGGUACUAGCGCGUAGUAGUACCCGCGACACGAACAAAUGAGUACCUAGUGCCGGGCGACGGUCGAACUAAACGUGCGACACGUUCGGUGCGGACAUGUAGCUUGUAAGUCCAGUACGAGUGAAAAAUUAUGUGAAUCACUUUAUACAUUGUAAUAAAUGCGAGAUAUAUUGACGGAACGUUUUCAUUUCACCCGCUGUUUUGUUGACAUGCUCCAUGUUACAUAUUGAUCGAAUUAGUUUUAUAUAAUUGUUUGGAUUGAUUACGAU